AUGCUCACGCUCAACGGAUAUUCUGCGUGGAUUGUCUGUGACGGGAAGCCCGUUCCAGAAUAUGAGACUCAUGUGGACACGAAGAACAAACGUGUUCGGUGUUGGAUUCCGGGUGACGAAGGCAAGAUCUUUUCCGUUCACUGGAAAGAUCUCGGUACCGGCGUUACUAGUAUGGGUUUCAUUGCACUCGACGGAUCCACCUUUCCCGGUCGUUUCUUGAUGGGAAGGGGAGAAACUCAAAGGGACGGUGUUCGUACUGGCCCAACGACGCAGAGGCCGUUCAUGUUUGCCCCCGUCAAGGAAGCCGAUAGAAAGACCCAUAAAGACCACGGAUCCAUCGUCCUGAAGAUCAUGCAAGUCAAAAAGAACGGUCCAGUCAAGAACGACGGUGUCGUGCCUCUCCCCAAACCCUCCAGUCUGCCGCAUCAGGAUGUCCGCGUAGGGUUUGGCCCAGAGUGUCCAACAUGGGAGAAGCAUCCUACUACCUGGAGCGUCGAACCAGUAAACAAAGCAAACCCGCGUGAUCAUAUCUCUUUCGUAUUCCGCUACCGGUCCCGAGCAUGGCUUCGUGAACAGGGAAUCCUUGCCGAUUCGCCCUGCUUCAAGCACGAGAAACUGAACUCUGACGCUUCAACUCCGCCUUCAGGCCUCGAUAUCUCUUCGACCUCCCGUCUCAACGCCUCUGCGACUCCACCAUCUGAUCACAAUAUUUCCCCGGCGCUUCGUCCUGGUUUCCUCGCCUCUUCGCCUUCUAUUCCGGACGAACAUUCUGAAUGUGUGCCUGAGAGCCAAGGGGAAAUGCCUCCAGAUUCCCCGCCGCCCACGACAAGCCGAACUCCGCCGUUGCAUGAUACUCCAC